CCAUACUUUUUUUUUUUUGCAUGGCUGUGAGUGCAGCCUCUAUACUCAAUCGUCUCCUUCAACUCAAAAACCUUAAACCCCAAAGCCAAUCCAACAGCCUUAAAUCCAUAACCGGAUCAAUCCUGAACCACCUUAAGUCAGGUCGUCUUCAACAAGCCGUUUCUGUUCUCUUUGCCUCCCCUGAACCCUUCCCUUACUCUCUUUACGCCCAUCUCUUCUACCUUUGUUCCGUCAAAAAAGCUAUCGUUGAAGCCCGAAAACUUGAAUCCCACUUAGUCACCUUCUCCCCAUUGCCCCCAGUGUUCCUAUUGAACCGUGCCAUUGAGACUUACGGCAAAUGUGGGUGUUUAGUUGAUGCAAGGGAACUGUUUGAUGAAAUGCCUGAACGCGAUGGGGGUUCAUGGAAUUCGAUGAUAAUGGCGUAUGCUCGAAAUGGGUUUCAUGAAAAGGCUUUGUGCUUGUUUUCGGAGAUGAGUAGGGAAGGAAUUCUGCCGAAUGAGAUCUCAUUCGCUUGUGUUUUGGGCUCUUGCGGUGUUGUUUUAGAGCUUGGCCUUUCAAGGCAAGUUCAUGCGAUGGUCGUGAAGUAUGGUUAUUGUAAAAAUGUGAUUUUGGGCAGUUCAAUUGUUGAUGUUUAUGGGAAAUGUGGGGCUAUAAGUGAUGCAAGGCAGAUGUUUGAUGAGAUUGAGAAUCCAACUGAUGUUUCCUGGAAUGUGAUUGUUAGGCGGUAUCUUGAGGUAGGGGAUGGAAAAGAGGCUGUAUUUAUGUUUUUCAAGAUGUUUCAGGAAAAUGUUAGGCCUUUGAAUUUUACAUUCUCUAAUGCUCUUGUUGCUUGUUCAAGCCUGUCUGCACUUAAGGAAGGGAUGCAAAUUCAUGGAGUUUUGAUUAAGAUUAACUUUGAGAAGGAUAAAGUGGUUUCUAGUUCACUUAUUAAUAUGUAUGUGAAAUGUGGGAGUCUAGAGAGUGCUCGUACAAUAUUUGAUAAACUUGUUUACAAGGAUUUGAUUUCUUGGACUGCAAUCAUGUCAGGGUAUGCUAUGAGUGGAAGAAGUAAAGAAGCCAGGGAGCUCUUUAAUAUAAUGCCUGAACGGAAUGUAAUCUCGUGGAAUGCAAUGUUGGCAGGGUAUAUUCGUUUGUUUCAAUGGGAAGAUGCCUUAGAGUUUGUUUUUCUUAUGCGGAGAAUGACUGAAGGCAUUGACCAUGUGACCCUUGUAUUAAUUUUAAAAGUCUGUGCUGGCCUUUCAGAUGUUGAAAUGGGGAAACAGGUUCAUGGAUUUGUCUAUAGAAAUGGGUUCUUCUCUAAUAGCUUUGUGGGUAAUGCACUUCUUGACAUGUAUGGCAAAUGUGGGACCUUGAACAGCGCCAGAGUUUGGUUUUACCAAAUGAGUCAGGGGCGGGAUGCUGUUUCUUGGAAUGCUUUGUUGACUAGCUAUGCUCAGCAUCAGAGGAGUGAACAGGCUAUUACAUUUUUUAGUGAGAUGCAAUGGGAGUCAAAACCAAGCAAAUUUGUAUUUGGAACCCUUCUGGCAGCUUGUGGAAAUAUAUUUGCACUUAAUCAAGGCAAACAAAUCCAUGGAUUCAUGGUUAGAAAUGGUUAUGAGCUGAAUAUGGUGAUAAGAGGAGCUUUGGUUGGCAUGUACUGUAAAUGCCGUUGUGUUUUAUAUGCUCUCAUAAUUUUCAAAGAGGCAGAUUCACGUGAUGUGGUUCUUUGGAACAUCAUGAUUUUUGGAUUUUGUCACAAUGGAAAGGGCAGAGAGGCACUUGAAUUGAUUGAUUUGAUGGAUGAGGAAGGUGUCAAACCAGACCAUGUCACAUUUCAUGGUAUUCUGCUUGCAUGCAUAUGUGAGCAUGAAGCAGAGCUAGGUAAGCAGUAUUUUAAUUCAAUGAGCAAUGAAUAUUGCAUUAUACCCCGGAUGGAGCACUAUGAGUGUAUGAUUGAACUCUAUAGAAGGUGUGGUUGCAUGGAGGAGCUUGAGAAAUUUAUUAAGAAUAUGCCAUUUGUGCCAACUGUUGCAAUGUUAACAAGAGUCUUUGAUGCAUGCAAAAAGCAUGGUGCUGUGAGGUUUGGAGAAUGGGCUGCUGAACUACAUAAUCAAUUGAAUCCUUCUACUCCACUAAGAUUUGAACUCGAGAACAGAAGGAAAAUAGAAACGGCGCAUCAAAUAUUCUUGCUUUGUGUAGGGAACAAAGAAACAUUUGCUCCAUGCAUGCGCCCUUUCCUAAAACCAAUUUAUUGGUCUCAAAAACCCUUUACUUCUCACUACACUAACCUCAUAAAACACUCUUUAUCCUUAAAGUCCAUUAAAUUUUCCCAAACAAUCCAUGCUCAGUUGAUCAAAUUCGGAUUCAAUGGCAUAACUUUUCUGGGAAAUCUUUUUGUCGAUCUUUACUUCAAAGUUGGCUCUUUUAACGAUGCUUCCAAAGUGUUUGAUGAUAUAAAUGACAAAAACAUUAUAUCUUGGAACAUUUGGUUGAAUGGGUUGUUAAAGUCUGGUCAUUUUAAGCAAGCAUGUUUAGUGUUCGAUGGAAUGCCUGAAAGAGAUGUUGUUAGCUGGAACUCGAUGAUUUCGGGUUGUGGGUUGAUGGGGUUUUGGGGUUAUGGAUUGGAAGUGUUUAAGGAAAUGCAGAAUUUUGGUGUUAGACCGAGUAAGUUCACGUUUUCAAUUCUGACAACAUUUGUCUCGUGUGCUAGUCAGGCAAAGGAAAUUCACUGUAAGAUGAUUACGAGUGGUGUUGGUUUGUCCGAUUUGGUGAUUGGCAAUUCGUUGAUUGAUAUGUAUGGGAAGCUUGGCUUGUUAGAGUAUGCUUAUGGUGUGUUUUUUAGUAUGAAAGAGGUGGAUGUUGUGUCUUGGAAUUCACUGAUUUCGGUUUGUUGUAAGUCAGGUUAUGCAGACUUAGCAUUGAAACAGUUUGAUCAGAUGAGAUUGGCUGGUUAUUUGCCAGAUGAAUUUACAGUUUCCAAAGUGAUUACUGUUUGUACUAAUUUGAGAAAUUUGGAUAGGGGUAAACAAAUCUUUGCUCUGAGUGUCAAGGUGGGAUUCAUCUCAAAUUCCAUUGUUUCAAGUGCACUUAUUGACCUUUUUUCAAAAUGCAACAUAUUGGAGGAUUCAGUUCAGCUUUUUGAAGAAGUGGAAUAUUGGGACUCUGUGCUUUGCAAUUCUAUGAUCUCAAGCUAUGCAAGGCAUGGCUCACAGGAUGAUGCUUUGCUACUUUUCCAGCUUGCCAUGAGGGAGGAUUGCAGGCCUACUGAGUUCAUGCUUAGUAGUGCUCUAAGCUGUGUAACCAUCCUUUCAGUUGAGCAAGGAUACCAACUCCAUUCUUUGGUGAUAAAAUCAGGUUUUGAGUCUGAAUCAAUUGUUGCCAGUUCACUUGUUGAUAUGUAUUCUAAAAUUGGAUCAAUUGACUCAGCAAUGCUGAUUUUCUCUGAAAUACAUGUAAAAGAUCUAAUAUCUUGGAACACUUUAAUCAUGGGUUUGGCUCACAACGGCAGAGUUGUUGAGACGUUGGAACUAUUUAAGAAACUACUUAGAGAAGGUCCGGCACCAGAUCGAAUAACACUUGCUGGAGUUCUACUAGCUUGUAGAUAUGGUGCUUUUGUAGAUGUAGGAAUGAGUAUAUUUUUAUCAAUGCAGGAAGAAUUUGGAGUUAUGCCUUGUGAUGAGCAUUAUGCUUGUGUUGUGGACUUGCUCUUUCAUGCUGGUAAAUUCAAAGAAGCCUUUGAUACUUUAGAAGCAAUGCCUUUUGAACCUAGUUUUUUAGUUUGGGAAUCACUAGUUCUUGCUACUGCAACUUAUGCCGACCUAAAUUUAACUGAAAGAGUAGCAGAAAAGAUGAUAGAACUGAAACCACAGUCAUCUUUACCUUAUUUGGUGUUGAGUCGUGCAUAUGAGAUGAGGGGUAGAUGGGAGGGUAUGAUUCGAGUCCGGAAGGCAAUGAAGCAGGGGUUGAAGAAAAUUAUUGGAUGCAGCUGGAUUGGAAUAAAAAACCAUAUAUUUAUGUUUGAGGCAGAUCAGUUACAGCAUGAGGGUGGAAAAGAUCUAUUUUUAAUGUUGGAACUAUUAACUUGGGACUUGGAAGAAAAAGGCGGUAUUCAUAUACAUCAUAAGACAGAGUGUGCUGAGUGGAGUAAGAUUGAAAUAGAGCUAGAAAAUUGUAAAACUCAGGCUCUGAUUUGUUGAUAACUCUAGAGUCCUCUUCUCUCUAUAUAUCCCUUAGCCAGCAUACCUAGAAUAAAGAGGUUAAAGAAGAUCACUAUGUAUGUUUAUGGUUUUGCAUAUGUUUUUGUUUAACCCAAAUGCUAAUGAAGGCUGGCUUGAUAUACUCCUUGCCAAGUUUGUCUAGGUAUAUAUAAAUUAAUUUGAUUAGUAGAUGGAAAGUUUUGGUUUUAAUUUAAAUUAUUGAUAAAGGGCAAUGAAUAGCUAUUAUAUAGUGAAUAAUCAUAUCAUAUAACUGUUGAGUUCAUAGGCUUGAAAAAAGUAAUGACUUUUCUACACUUCUUGAAAUGCUUGAUGCUAAACUUUAG